ACAAAUAAAGUGCAGCACAAUUCGCCGUUGCUCAAGUGGCAAAGGAUCAACCACGAAACCGUCGUGGCGCGCAAUUCGGUCCCGUUCCGCCCGCCAGAGUUUGUCGAUUAUCCGGACAUCCGCCGAAAGCUCCAAUUUUAACCGAGAACGUGCUAUUUGCAUACUCCAGACGACGGGAGUUGGGGAAAAGAUAUUGACAAACGUCAACAUGUGCGCCUACUAGUGUGUCCCCAGAUUCCCGUUGUCCUCGUGCUGCUGCGUGUGAUGUAAGAAAAGGCCAACAAGGAUCGGCUGGAGUUGUGACGAACAGACGGUCCGGUCCUGUGAUUUUAGAGUUCCAGUAAAUCUUUGCUCAAUUAACGAAGACGUGCUCUUGUGGCCGUAGCCUUGAACUUCAUCCCCAAGUGCUUAGUUGAAAACAUUAAGGAAUACCAUUGGUGCGGAAAAUUAGCAGAAUCUGUUUAGUUUUUGCUGGGUGUCCAAACACAGAGCCAUAUACAACAUCCCUUGUGUGUUACGUGGUCACAUGAAAUUGGAAGCUGCGUAAAAACCAAGAGCCUCCCGCUGAAGGAAAACAAAGACUUCUCUCUGCAGUCGUGUACGUGAGGUCCAAAGGACAAAGAAAAGGCAAGCGAGAGGCGUCACAACACAAACACCGCGCUCGUUCCGUGCCGACCGCUGAUUCAACCCGCACGGCCCCGACAGGAGAAGCGCGAAAUGGCACUAGAUUUUGCGGCCACGUACAAGGUGCUGGUGCUGGGAGAUUCGAACGUCGGCAAGACGUGCAUCGUCCAUAGAUACUGCGACGAGCGUUACUUCGAUACGUACAUUUCAACGAUAGGCAUCGACUUCAAGCAGAAACUCAUCAACCUGGACGGCGUGCCGAUCAAGUUGCAGAUCUGGGACACGGCUGGCCAGGAGCGGUUCCGUACGCUGACGACUGCUUACUACCGCGGGGCCAUGGGCAUCCUGCUGAUGUACGACGUGACCAGUUUGGAUUCGUUCAACAACCUGUCGUACUGGCUACGAAACAUACAGGAGAAUGCAGCCCCGGACGUGGUGAAGGUCCUGGCUGGCAAUAAGUGCGAAUGCAACCCUCCGCAGCGCGCCGUCGACAAGGAGCGGGGCGAAAAGAUUGCCGAGAACUUUGACAUGCCCUUCUUUGAGGUGUCCUGCAAACAGAACAUCAAUAUUGAGGAUGCGUUCUUGACGUUGGCUCGCAAGAUCCGGGAACAGCGAGAGCACAGAGGUGAGAACUUUGACGAUGGCGAUCGUCAGAAGGGACUGCAGGAUAUGAUCAAGAAUGGGCCCGGCUCGAACGGGCUGGGGCCGUUCACGUUAGGCAGUGGCGGGGAAGGUGGCCGCUGUUCGUGUUAAAGCAAACCGAACGCAAGGACGGCGGAAACACGAAAACCCUAUAAUCUUUCAUGAUAAGACUUACCACUAGUGGAUUUGGAUCUGGGAAUGAGGAGCGAGUUUUAGACUGCGGCGACGCCAUCGCAUGUGCAGCACACGCGGGCGUUCAGAGCACAAAUAAGAAGAGGUAUUCAAAUCACGCUUCAGUACUGCACGCAGCUGUCUCUGAGCAGGAAUUCACGGAUGGUCGAGCGGUUGGCUGUCGAGAGUCCUGUCGGGCUGGAGGAGUAGGAGCUGUGACAAUUUGAGCACCCAUAUCACCGCUAUCGUCUUAGCUUGAUGUGUCCCGAACCUCCCCCAAUGUCCCUCGGCUAGGCAUUACUUUACAUUAUCCGAAUAGGGGCCUGAGUUGUAAGUAAUUCAUUUGCUAAUAGCCCGCCGGCGUAGCAUACAUUUUUGAACGAAAUCUUUCUAUUAAAUCAAUGACCUGACGGGCACAUUUAUUUCUCAAAUUACUUAACCUACCGUCUAUCGAAACAUGUUCGUAGCUCUAAAGUAUGUGACGGUAACCUACAAACCCAGCGUCUUGUAACGUGUAAAAUCAUUUUUCUCUCUCUGAACUGUAGCCAAAUGAGGGUGGAUACUGCUUGAACCGUACUCCGUAGCAGAAUAAAUCAUUCCGAUAUUCGUCUUGCUUUAUUGUUUCACACCAACAGGACAUUUUGAAAACAGAAGCUAUGUAAACCUUAGGUGCUACGCUUAAGGUGUGGAGCAGCGGCUCGGCGUCUGAAUGAAACUUAUAAACCCUACCGGAUAAUUUAUGUAGAUUUACUCUGUUGAAGAUGAUUGCAGAAGUGCAACGGAUGUGUAAACAUGAAGCAAAUCUAGUCGUAGAUCAAACGAGCGAAGUGGUGAUGCCAGAGCAUCAUGAAAAACGAAAGAAUUAGUCCACCUGGAAUGGCAUCGAGAAGCGACGGUAAGCGGGACUCACUGUGAGGCAAUCCUCCCGGAAGAAGGCAGGAAUAAAACAUAAUUACAAUUUUACUAUAUACCGAGACCCGUUCGUGACACCAUGCUAAUGCCGCUAAUGCGUGAAAUGUUGCACAUAUACGAACAGUGGCUGGCGGCGAUAGCGCAACUCCGGAACUGAUACGAU